AUGGAAGCAACACUGAGCUUCGUGCCUGAACGAUCGACUUCGGCCUUGAGGGCUGACCCGCUGUGUGCCUACUCGCUGCCAUCGCCAGUUUCGGGCCAGGAUACUCCCAGAUUUGCUGGCGACAGAUUUAGCCCUGCAGCGGUUCACCUUGGCGACAACAUCAGCAAUAGCAGCUCGCAAAGAUCAUAUUCAAGUGACUCAAACUACUUUUCCCAAAUCCAUCUGCAGCAGGGACAAAUCCCCAACGACUCGCAAGUGCCAAAGCACCGCCAAUUCAGCCCAAAGGAAGACUCGCCGUGGUCAGGGUCACGGCAACCCUCGACGAUAGUGACAGAAGUAUCCACCUCGGACGUUUCUGGCACACACCAGCAGCAACAGAAGCAACAGCAGUCUCGGACAGCUUCCUCUUUGGGCCAGAAACACGAAGUUGGGCAGAUGAGCGUUUCCCUGAACCAUCAGGUCUCUCUCGGCGGCCAGACGUCGUUGGGACACGAUUCUCUGAUCAACUCGCCAGCCUUUAGCCGCUCUUCUCUUGGACAUUCGCUGAACGACGACACCUCCCAAGUACAUCAUCAGCAACAUCACAACUGGAAUCCAAGCCGGUCAUUGUUCACCACGCCCGCUGAAUCGUACGGAUCGUCGCGAAAUACACCGUCACCCACGUCAAAUACGCACAACGUGCACAAUUUUGUGCAGCAAAACGUGUCCGUUACAGGUCCGCAGUUUACCUCGACCAUGUCGGGCAAUUCAGGGGGACUGGGAGGUGACGGACUACGGCGCUCGCCAAAUCUACAGCAAUAUUCUCAGUCUACGGAACAACAACACGACCAGCACUAUCAGCAAACACAACGACAAAGCCAGCAAUUUUCAACGCCUCAGGGACCCUUAGCAUCGCAACCACGAACUAUCCACGAUAACAGCAACAGUGGCAAUAACAAUAACGUCAACCGUGACGGCCUAGGCACGAGCGGAAACUCAAUGAACUACCGAAGCCAACCUUCGCCUAGUCCGGGGCUUGGUAUGAACAGCUUCUCGUCCAAGCUGGGGGGCGGCAUCCACCACAGCAUGCCCAGCCAUUCGUCAUUUCAAAUGUACAAUCCGCAACCCAUGCAUCACCUUGGCGACCAUCACCAACAACAGCAUCAGCAGCAGCACCACCACCACCACGGCCUCCCUAGCCCAACGCACACAGGGAACCCCAUGCGGCUGAUCCCCCCACCACUUCCAUCACAGGCCGGAAUGUCGGGCUUGGUACCUCCACCCCUUGGAAACAGCGGUGCCGGCCGCGGCUACUCACCAUAUAGCCACCCAGGGUCAGCACCACCACACUCGCCUGGCCUUGCGGGGCCGAUCAUGUCCCCGAGUGGUCAGAUGACGCUCGUUUCCAAUAUGGGAAUGCCGUAUGGUGGCGGAGAUGGCAACCCUGGCAAUGGUCCGGGCGACGGGUUCAUAGGUGGUCGUGGUCGGCCACUCCUCUACAGCCACAACGCCCUGCACGCCCACCACCUAAACCCGCACCAAAUUGGCCACCACCACCUUCCAGGCAUUCUCGGCGGUAAGGGACUCAAUGGACCUGGCGGAGCCGGCGGCGUCCACGACCGGCCUUUCAAAUGCGACGUGUGCCCACAGUCGUUCAAUCGCAACCACGACCUGAAGCGCCACAAACGGAUCCAUCUGGCGGUCAAGCCAUUCCCGUGCAACUACUGCGAUAAGAGCUUCAGCAGGAAAGACGCAUUGAAGGUUGGUACCACCAUAGAGCACCGCAUCUGA